AUCUGUUCUUACGUAUAGUGAAAUUUUCGUGACGAUAGCUCUCUAUAAUAGAAUUUCUGACAUGCGCGAUUCGAAUCUGUCACUUGCCACUUGCCAGUCAAUUGGGGCGUAUAGAGUUUUGGGCCGUGUUUUUAGGGCGUUUUUCGACACCCUUCCGAUACAGUACCGAUUUGGCCCUGUUUUUUAUUUGUUUUCCCACGUUUUAGUCAUAAUUUAGUGCCGCGACAUCAUCAAUUUCCUUUUUCCUCUACGAAAUCAAGUAGAAAAACGCUCGCGACUUCCCUAAAACGCCGAAUUUUAUGCAUUUAAAACUACCGGCGCGAUUCUAAAUUUAACCGGUUAAAUUUUAAACAGGCAGAUUAUGUUUUCUUCGUGUUUUAGUAGCGGAAAAGCCUCGUAAAAUGUUUAUUUCGCUCGUAUCGGUGCGUUUGUUUACUGUUGGACUGAUUUGCGCAAAAGAAUCGGCGUAUUGUUGACAGUUUUUCCAAUAGGAGGAAACGGUUUAGUUUUUCUUAAUUUUCAACACCAUGGCAGAAGAAGAAGUGUUGUUUGACGAUGUGUAUGAUUUGUGCGAAGAAAUAGGAAGGGGUCCCUUUAGUAUAGUUCGUCGAUGUAUACAUAGACAGACUGGUCAGCAGUUUGCUGCAAAAAUUGUAGACGUAGCCAAAUUUACAUCUAGUCCUGGUCUAAGUACGAAUGAUUUAAAAAGGGAAGCUACAAUAUGUCACAUGUUAAAACAUCCACACAUCGUAGAGCUUUUAGAGACUUAUUCGUCAGAAGGAAUGCUGUAUAUGGUGUUUGAAUAUAUGGAUGGAUCUGACUUAUGUUUUGAAGUAGUAAAAAGGGCAACUCAGGGUUUUGCAUAUAGUGAAGCUGUAGCAAGUCAUUACAUGAGGCAGAUAUUAGAAGCUCUAAGGUAUUGUCACGAAAAUGAUAUAAUACACAGAGAUAUCAAACCGGAAAGUAUAUUAUUGGCUACGAGGGAGAAUUCUGCUCCCGUAAAAUUGGGUGGAUUUGGAAUUGCGAUACAGUUACCUGAUAGAAAUCUAAAUAAUGUUCCUGAAAAUGGUGUGUGCGAAUACAGGAGCAACCUGAGUCCCAUGGGCCGGAUGUAUCUGAAGAGUGACAGAGCCGGUAGACUAGGUUGUCCGCAAUAUAUGGCCCCUGAAGUAGUGGAGAGGCGACAAUAUGGGAAAGCAGUGGAUAUUUGGGCUGCUGGUGUACUCCUUCAUGUGUUACUCUCUGGUACUUUGCCCUUUCAUGGUAGUGGCAGAAGAUUGUACGAGGCUAUUUGCAGAGGGAAAUUAUCACUAAGCACUGCAACUCAGUGGGAAUUUAUCAGCGAUAGUGCGAAGGAUUUAGUACAGCAAAUGUUAAGUGUCGAUCCCAAACAAAGGAUAACUAUACAAGAAAUUUUGAAUCAUAGGUGGUUGAGGGAUCGCGACAAAGCCUUGAGAAUACAUCUGAAUGACACUAUAGAGGAAAUGAAAAAGUAUAACAAUAGAAGAAAAUUGAAAACUUGCGUUUUGAAUGCUGUGAAUUCGAGUAAAUGGUACAAUUAUGACGAGACUGUUGCUGAUGAUUUUGUGUGUGAUUUUGGGGACGACGAGGUCACAUCUACUGCUGUGUCGACUAUCAUGGACCGUUUAGAUGACAUUUACUGUCUGCAGGAGUCCCAACCUCAGGAGAGACCUCAUCUCUUAGCUCUGUUAGAAGAUACGCAUCUUCAUUCGAUUUUAGAAAUUUUUGACCAAGUAGUAACGAGACUUCCCACGCCGAUCAAGGCGCCAUCUAACGAUGCGGUGCAGUGUCUGCUGUAUAUGUUGGAAACGAUAAAAGAGUCGGAACAUCGUAGAGACGUGGACAGGAGGGAUCUGCACGAGCUGAAGGAGUUGCUCAAUAGGCCACAUUUUAAGGCUCUUCUGCAAGCCCACGACGUUGUAGCGCACGAAGUCUAUGGAGAAGACGCCGUACGAGUUACCCCUCCCCCACUCCUACCCUACCUCAAUGGUGGGGAGGAACUGGACGGCCCCAAUGGCGACCUGGAAAUGGAGAACGUCACCAGGGUGAGAUUGGUGCAGUUCCAGAAGAAUACCGACGAACCUAUGGGUAUAACGCUGAAGAUGGACGAAGAUGCAAAAUGUAUAGUGGCGAGGAUCAUGCAUGGUGGCAUGAUACAUCGCCAGGCUACCCUGCAUGUUGGUGAUGAAAUUCGAGAAAUCAACGGCAUACCUGUAGCCAAUCAGUCUGUCAAUGCAUUGCAACGGAUCCUUAGAGAAGCCCGCGGCUCUGUCACGUUCAAAAUAGUUCCCUCAUACCGAAGUGCCCCACCACCUUGCGAGAUAUUCGUUAGAGCUCAGUUUUGCUAUGAUCCUCUCGAAGACGAUCUCAUACCUUGCGCACAAGCUGGCAUCGCUUUCAAUAUUGGCGACAUCCUUCAGGUAAGGAAACAAUAA